AUGCAAAAGACUCAAGUGACCCUCUUGCUACAGAAGUGGUUAAUCUUGAAGAAGAGACAACCAAGAAACCCACUACCCCGCAUGAAGAGGUUGCACAGUCAACCAAUGCAGGUUCAUCCGGUCCCAAACCAAAAAAAAUCCAAACCAAAUCCUUCUGCGGAAGACAGGUUACACGCCACCAUACUUGCAUCUAGUGAAAGAAUUGCUAUUGUGAUAGAGAAGAGUUCUAGCACCGAGAACAAUGCCAUAGAUGGUCUUUGGGAGCGCAUGAAAGUACUCCCUGGGUUUAGUUUGGAUUACCUUGCUCAUUACUAUGCAUAUUUGGUUGACAAUCCUCGUGUUGCAAUGGCAUUCAAGGUGUUGGAAGAUGAUCAAAAGAAGGUUUGGGUUUCUAGAUAUGUCAAGAGUACCUUUCAUGAAGCGUGA